AUGCCUCAGCCGAUUCGCCAGGCUCCCCUACCUCUACCGAUCUGUCAGGUUCUCAUGCCUCAGCCGGAUCGCCAGGCUCCCCUACCUCUACCGAUCUGUCAGGUUCUCAUGCCUCAGCCGGAUCGCCAGGUUCCCCUACCUCUACCGAUCUGUCAGGUUCUCAUGCCUCAGCCGGAUCGCCAGGCUUCCCUACCUCUACCGAUCUGUCAGGUUCUCAUGCCUCAGCCGGAUGGCCAGGCUCCCCUACCUCUACCGAUCUGUCAGGUUCUCAUGCCUCAGCCGGAUUGCCAGGCUCCCCUACCUCUACCGAUCUGUCAGGUUCCUGUGCCCCAGCUGACUCGACAGGUUCCCGUGCCUCAGCUGGCGUGA